GGCCAGGGACUUUUUAUGAGUGUAGCCCCGCCCACCGACGCCCGUGAUUGGUCCGCUGCCCCUUCUCUGAGCGAAGGGUUCUCUCCGUCGGUAGGCGUCGUCCCCUCCCACUCUGGCUCGGAGGGCGCCCAUUGGCCAGGCGUGCCCCCUUCUUGGCCCCGCCCCUCUCUCCUGGCCACGCCUCCCCGCCCGCCUCUGGCGAUGCUGCAGACGUGGUGGCGAUGGGGCGGGGCCAGGGCCAUGGGGCGCAAGCGGCGGGCGCUGCUGCUGCUCCCCCCGCUGGCCCCGUCUUCGUGGCUGGCCUGGGCCGCCCUCCUCUGGCUCCCGGCCGGCCAAGCCAAGACCGUCCGAGGGGGCUUCUCCAGCGCCGCAGCCCGGAAUGGCCUGGCGGCGGCGCAGUUUCAGUUCCACGGUGAUUGUGCUCUUCUGUACAUCAAAAUCAACAACGUAGCAACCGCUGUUGAAAAAGAAGCCAAGCUUCAUCUUUUUCAAGCUCAGGAAUGGCAAAAGUUGCAAGAAAACUCCCAGGAUUACAGCUGUCAAGAACGGCUCUCUAAAGCCCAGCUGAUACUGAACAUGAACUACACUGAACAGAAUUUGACAGUGUCUCAGGUUCCAUAUCCAGACACAUGGUAUGUGUUUUAUGUCGACAAGUUUACCUGUGCGGAGAAUUAUGAGAAUUCUGAAUCCAAGGACGUUCAGUUUGAAAUGGUGCUACUAAAUCCUGACACAGAAGGGAAUCCAUUGGAUCACUUCAGUGCAGGGGAAUCGGGCCUCCAUGAGUUCUUCUUUCUGCUUGUCCUGGCGUAUUUCGUUGGUGCUUGCAUAUAUGCACAGUCCUUGUGGCAGACGAUUAAAAAAGGAGGACCCAUGCACACUGUGUUAAAAGUACUAUCCACUGUUCUGCUGUUGCAAGCUGCUUCUGCUUUUGCAAACUACCUGCAUUUUUCAAGUUAUUCAAAAAAUGGUGUCGGAGCACCUCUUAUGGGAAGUCUUGCAGAACUGUGUGACAUAAUCUCUCAGAUGCAAAUGCUAUACCUACUGCUGAGUUUGUGUAUGGGAUGGGCAAUUGGAAGAAUGAAGAAAUCUCAGAGUAAACCUCUCCAGUGGGAUUCAACUCCAACAUCCACUGCCAUUGCCGUAGUUGUUGUCGUGACUCAGAGUAUUCUAUUAAUUUGGGAGCAAUUUGAAGAUACCAGUCACCACAGUUACCACUCACACCAAAAUUUAGCAGGGGGACUUCUCAUUGGCUUAAGAAUUUGCCUAGCUCUUUCUCUGGGCUGUGGACUCUACCAGAUCAUUCGGAUUGAGAGAAGUACAUUGAAGAGAGAAUUCUAUAUUACCUUCACAAAGGGCUGUAUUCUGUGGUUCUUGUGUCAUCCAGGUCUUGUAGCUAUAUCUCUAAUGUUUAGAGAUUAUCAACGAGAGAAGAUUAUUACCAUAGGUGUCAUCCUCUGCCAGUUGUUCUCCAUGGUGCUUCUGUACCAACUCUUUGUUUCCCACAGUCUCUACUGGGAAGUAUCCUCCCUCUCCUCGGUGACAUUGCCCUUAACUGUAGCAUCUGGACAUAAAAGUCGGCAUCACUUCUGAGAUGCAUUUGGGAGAUUCAUUGGCAGAUGCAAUAAAGACUGGAAAACUGUGUUGAUUUUCAGCUGGAAUCCACUAAAUAUAGUUAAACUCAGCACGUACAUUUUUACUAGAUCAUGACACAAACAGCAGUGAAGUCUUUAUCAACAACAAUGUGACAAGGAAAUGUGUGGUGGUUCCUGCCUUUUUCAGUGAAGACAAAGAACAUUCUUAGUCACAAUAUCUCCACUCCAAAACUACAUCAGAGUUUUAUCAAAAUGUAUAAAGCAGUCAGAAUUGGGAUAAUAGAUUGGUUGAAAGUUGGUUUGAAACAAAGUAUUUGUGCAUAAGUUUAAAGGGACUUGAAAAAUUGUAAUUCGACCAGGAAACCAGUGUAAAAUGUUUACAGUGUACCGUAGUUCUCCUGUAUGUAUUUUUAAUAUAUAAAGCACUUUCUUGCCUUGAGAUUUGGAUAUAGUUCAAAUUUUAGUUUCAUCACUGGUUGCUUUUUGCAUUUUAUAUUUUAAAUAAAUGUUACAAGAGCAUAUGGGUGAUGGACUAA